AUGGGAAGACCUACAAACCAAAUAGCUCCUGGAAUUGAAGAUCUACCUGAUUACGCAUGUACUUUUGGUGUUCUAAACCGUACUACUAUACCCAUUUUGGAUGGGUUUUGCCAGCUCAAUCAUGUUCCUCUCGGUGCAAGGUUCUUAAUUUUAUCAAGUGUUAAUUACAAUCCAGCAGAGAGACCCAGUGCUGAAGAUAUUCUAAACAGCCCAUACUUGCAAGUGGAUCCAGCUUUACUCCCACAGCUAGAUUUUAUACCCCUCGUUCCAUUAUAA